AUUUUAAUUUUCUUAUUUUUUGCCUAAAAUUACAUCUAAUUAAUAGAAAAAUCUGUAAAUUUUGAUAGAUUUCAAUGUAAAUUCAUCGAAUUUUAUGAAAACAAUUGUUGUUACAUCCGAAAUUACGUAAAAUCAAGUCAAAAUAAAAUGCCGCCCAAAGCUCUAAAGGAUGCCUUCGUCAUUGUCCUUGACUGCAGUGCAGAUUCGCAAAAAUCAUCUUCAAAAGAAGGCGAAACUUUCUUCGAACGAGCUAAAAAUUGCGUUCUCCGUAUUUUCGAGAGAAAAAUUUUUGCAUAUUCCGAAGAUCAGCUCUGUCUCUUCUUAAUGGGAGCUCCGGGGAAUUAUUACACCGAAAAUGGGGAGAAACGUUACAAAAAUAUCACGAAAGAAGUUGAUUUGCAGAAAGCUACAUGGGAUCAUUGUCGUUUUAUUGACCACUCGGUAAAGCCCUACGAUGGCAAAGCUGAUUGGUUUGAAGCUCUCGACUGUGCUUUGGAUAUGUUGCAUGAUGCAAGUGACUCUCGACCUUUUAGCAAGAUGAAAAUUUUGCUUCUAUCCACUUUGGGUACUCAAACGACAGCAACAUCGAAGGAUGUCAAGGAAUUUAUUAACAAAACGAAAGUUGAAGAUAAGCCUCCAGUUGAAAUUAUUGUCAUCAAUGACAACAUUGAAUUAACAGAAGAAGAUACUUGGACCUUCUCACAAGUCGAUGCAAAGACGCAGGAACAAGAAACGAGCGAAAAUUUGAUUAAACAAAUCAUUUCAGAAACCGAUGGCGUUCUUUGCAACUUGGAAAAUGCAGAAUUGGAACUUUUGCACUACGAAAAACAAAAAACUAAAGGCGCCCCGAAGUAUUUUACGUUCAAAAUUGGUGAAAGUAUCUCGAUGGAAGUUGUUGAAUACGUCAAAGUAGCAGAAUCGAAGCUUUUAAAGUCAUGGCAAAAGAUGACAUCGGGCGGAGAAGAUGUAAAAACCGAAAGAAAAUACUUCCUCAACGACGAGGAAGUGAAAGUCGUCCCUUCUACAGUUGAUCCAAAUGAAAUUUCAACGACAAAUUCUUCAAUUUCGGCAACAAAUUCCUCCAUGAUGACAGAAAUCACGUCCCCGAAGUCAAAUAUCUCCAUGGAAGUCGAUCAAAAACCAGAAUUGGAGGCAAUUAGAGGGUACAUGUUUGGUCCCGAUGCCAUCGCUUCUCCCGGAUUAUUUUUGGAUUUCGGCGAAAAGAGUCUUUUGUGCAUUGGAUUCAGUGAUGCCAAGUACGUUCGUUCGGAAUACCUCUCUGGCAAGGGAUGUCACGUAGUUUUGCCCAAACCAGGCUUUAAAUCAUCCAUCAAAAAGUUCGCGUCUCUCGUCAAGGCCUUGUACGAAACUAAUUACGUGAUUAUCGCUCGUAAAGUUUACCAAAAACGUGCAGAACCCAAAAUUGUGGCACUUUUUCCGGAAUACAAUGAAAACGAGAGACCAUUUUUGACGGAGAUUGGCUUGCAUUACCGCGAAUAUUGCAUCGACAUUAAAUUCCCUUCCUUACGAAAUGCGAGAAAAUUUCAACCGACACAGGAACAAUUCGAUAUUAUGGACCAACUAAUCGACUCGAUGGACUUGAUGACCGUUGGAAAUGAAAAAUCCGGCAACGCAGAGGCUUUUUCGCAAAAUAAAACGUUAAAUAUCGCCCAUCAACACAUGUGUCGAGUAAUCGCUCAUCGCGCCUUGCAUCCAAAUGCCCCGAUUAUUGAUAAAAUUAGCGAAGAACUCACCGCCUUAAUUGACGUGCCUGAAAAGAUCAGAGAAAAUUCGCGUGAUAUUUUGCUCAAAGCAAAGGAAUUAUUCGUACUUGAAGAGAACAAAGUCCCCACAAAACUGCAACUACUGGAGCAACGUUUAAAGGAAAUUGCCGAAAAAGAAGCUGGAAACGCCGAAAACGACCAAACAUCAGCCGAAAUCGAUGCGAAAAUCACUCGCGUUGGCACCGUGACUCCAGCAGAAGAUUUCCUCUUUUUAGUUAACGCGGGUUCUGCCAUCGCUGAGAUCACGCAGCAACUCCAAAACGUCAUCCGUAAAAUCACAUUCCAGGAAUUUACGAUUUCCAAAGUCAAAAUUACGAAAGCUCUUGUCGCUUAUCGUUCCCAAGCGAUGGAAACCAAUCCCGCGAGCUAUAAUGAUUGGAUCGUUCGUUACAAAGAAGAACUUUUAUCGAACGAAAAGCAAGAAUUAUUCACAGAAAUUGUUGUUAAUGAAAAUUUGGGCUUAAUUUCGUCUGAAGAGUCGAAAUUCGCAGAAGUCACGACUGAAAUGGCAGAAAAUUUCUAUACUGUCGCCGAAAAAAAGCAAAAUACGACAAUCGUGGCACCCCAAGAGGAUGACAACGACUUGGAUGACUUGAUAGAAUGAAAGUUU